CCUCCAUAUCAGGCAUCAGAUUAUAUUUUUCAAAACCAGUCACCGCGCAAUAUUUAUCUGUUGUCAUGCUUUGUUGAUCGUCCUAUAUUGUGUCACGGAAGUACAUCAAAGGAUAUGCAGGCGAUGUGGCGUCGUUUGUCUACAAAGGGUACCCUCCCCAUAGGAAGAAGUAGUCAUGGUUUCGUUAUCAUCGGCAAACACGCUUAUGUCUUCGGAGGCGAAAACUCGCCGCGUGUCCCCAUCGGCAGUACCGUGCACGCCCUUAACUUAGAAACGCAGGAAUGGGGCGUGUGUGAGCCAAAAAAUCCAGAGAAAGAACCCAGUCCAAUCAACGCUGCCUCCGUGGCUGCUAUUGGUGACAGCAUGUACGUGUUCGGGGGUCGGUCAGGAAUCACUAUGGGAGAAGGAAGCACAAACGACAUGUAUUCAUUUAACACCCAGACCAAACAGUGGAGUAAAUUAACAACAACGGGAGAUGUUCCACUAGCCAGGAGCUAUCACGCCAUGACGGCCCUGGGUAGCUCGUUGUUUGUCUUCGGCGGAUGUUCGGAUAAAGGUAGAAUGAAUGAUUUGCACUCUUUCGAUGUUGCCACUAAUCAUUGGGAAAAACAGCCAUCUUAUGACGUCAUCGAAGGGCGUGGCGGCCCAGGCCUCGUUGUUGUUGAAAAAACUAUCUAUGUUGUGGCAGGAUUUGCGGGCAGAGAAAUGAACGAUGUGCAUGCUUUUGACACCACAACAAAGACAUGGCGGACUUUAACCUUUCUUACACCUCUGCCACCUAGGAGUGUGUUCGGUGUGGUUUCCAUGGGAACCAAAAUAAUUGUUGUAUGUGGGGAGGUUGAUCCAUCCGACCAAGGUCACGAGGGCGCGGGGAAUUUUUCCAAUGGUGCUUUUAUCCUUGAUACAACUAACCCACAGGACUGGAUAAGAGUUACUGCCAAGGGUGACGUUCCUGAACCCCGGGGGUGGUUUUCUGCAGCGUUUUCCGAUUUUGACAGAAGACUUUACAUGUUUGGCGGCAAUUCAGAAACCAAUGCCAGGCUGAAUGACACGCACUCCUUUGAACUGAUAGACUGAUGCGAUUCCGAUCGAAAAUUACGAACACUGACUAAACAGAAAAUUUAAAAUAAAAAUAUCAUAUCCAUGUACUCAGUAUGUGCACUCAUCUACAUGUACAUCUUUAUAAAACAGUAAUGGUUGGUGAAAGAAAAUGCUGCUUUAUGAUUUUUAAUUUUUUUUUAAUUGCAGCUAUAAAUUAUCUAAAGAGAGAUUCAAUCAAUUUUAUCUACCGUUAAGAAAUACAUGUUCAUUCGUCACAUUAAAUAUGUUACAGUCACA